AUGGUAAAAGCUACUUUAAACUCCCUUUCAACAAGUAUUACUAGCUUAACUCAAAGUGUAAAUGAAAUAAAAACUACUUUAAAUUCUUCAGAUAUUAAAAAUCAACUUGAAAUAACAAAAAAUUCAAUCGAUUCUUUAAAACGUCGAUUUGAUAUUUAUGAGCAAAACCAGAAUGAGAUUGCAACUACUAUACAGCAUAUUAAUAGUGAACAUGGAAUUAAAAUACAACGUCUUGAAGAUACAUUAAUAACUGCAACUACAACAUUAGAAAAUUUAUCAACUUCUACUUCGGCACUUCAAGAUACUAUGAACAAUAUAUUAUCACAUAUUCAGAGUUAUGACAAUAAUAUUUCAAGUAUAACAAAUACAACAAUUAACUCUCCACGCGCUAUUAUGGUAGCAAAUCCUGUGCUUACUGCAAAUGUUCAUGACAAGAUGCGUUAUUUUAAUGGAUUCGAUGAUGAAUCUCAAUCUCAAGAUCAAACUAAUGAAAAAUGGAAUGAAACUACAAUCAUUGAAAUCUGUGGAGCUUACUUUAAGACAUUGAAAAAAGAACCCGCCUUAAACAAAAUUCCUGAAAGCAAUUUAAAUUAUCCUAAAAUUGAAGUUGAAAAGUUAUUUUCUUUUGAGGCAACAUCCCCGGAAGUGUCUGAUGCUGAAGAGAUUCCAAUAUCUGGCUCUAAUGAUUUAGAUAUAUCUCAAUCAUUUAGAAGAAAACUAUUAGUACUGGCAAUUCAUAUCCGCGGUCUUGUAGAGGAUUUUAUUAAACGAAAUCGAGUGGAAAAAUUAAAUUCUGGAGGCCGUCAUUCUUACACUACUCCUCUUCCACGUGAAAUUAUUAAAAUGGACGAUCCAAGAUGGAUUACGAUGCGAUCAAUGAUUCCUCCAAAACCGAAAGACUUCCCAAAUUGGGCAUGGAAUCAAAUCGAUCCAAGCGAAUACUUUGAAAAUUCCGAUGACAUAGAUGAUGACAUUUAUGAAUAA